UAGAAAUACUAAUAACCAUUCGCAACAUGAUUUUAUUUGCUUAUCAACAUUAUACGUUGAAAUCAAGGUUUUACAUAACGGAUAUUAAUUUGAUCACUUAAAUGAUUUUUAAGUUUACUUCCUUGAUGGACAUAUCGUGUUAAUUAAAAUCACAUUAUCGUGUGGUUAAAACACUAGUUGUACAUUAUAUUAUUUUAAACCUUUUUUAUACAAACAAUUUGAAAAGUCUGACUGUUCGUGUGUGUUUUUUACCCGUUAAAGGAAGACGAUUAUGGAAUUUUAUCAAUCUUAACAGUGUGUGUCUUAAAAUUUAACAGGGAGAAAUAUGAAGUAUUUUAAAGUUUGUUUUGAGAGGACUUAAGAUUUUGUGUGUGUGAUAUUUUUUGAUAAAUGUAGCAGUCAAGUGGUAGCAUAAAGGAAUAGGUAUUUCUGGACCUAUAUGUAUGGCUACAAUCUAGUAUGAAAUGGUCUCAGAAAAAACAUUCAUCUAAAAUCAACAAAAGAUUAAAGGAAUGCAGAUGAUGUAUAAUGUCGAACUAUUUUGUUUCUCCUGAUUUUAUUUCUAAUUGAACUGCAUUUAACUGUGAAUGUUUGGUUUAAACAAGAAGUGAUGCAUUAUGCUAAGAACGUUUAAAUAUUCACAUGUAUAAACUAUGAACAGUUAAAAACUUAACGUGUUGAAAUAUGAUAUAAAGAUUAAAAUGUAUCCAACUAUUCCAAAAGAGUGGAGAAAUGACCUUAACAGUAACGUCACCAUAGAGGAAUUGAAUGCUACGCUCGUUAAACUUCAUAUUCCAACCAUUGUGCUUAUAUCAAUAUUUAUGUGCGUCGGUGUAUUCGGAAAUAUAUUAGUGUUAAUUAUCUACACGAAUUACAAGUCAUCUACAUACAAGAGUUUCAUUGUUUGGCUUGGAUGGAUGGAUUUGCUGGCGUGUUUGGUGGGCAAGCCGGCACUCAUCAUCAUCAGCAUGUUGUAUCCGUACAUAUCGCCGUCAGAGAUCCUCUGUAGUUGGUCAAGGUUUCUUCACGUUUUUGUCAGUGUUAGUGCCGCCUUGAUAUUUCUAGCAAUUUCUUAUGAAAGAUACAAAAAAAUCUGUUUUAUGGAUCUGCAUCAACUGAGUUACAAAAGAGUCAACAUUAUAUGUCUUCUUGCAGUAAUAUCCGCAUGUAUAGUAGCUGUUCCCGCACUAUUUGUUUUCGGGGACGCGGAUGUAGACACUGGAGUGCAAAAUGUAACUGGUGUGGAAUGCUUUAUAGACCAGAGAUACAAAUCUUCGUAUUUACCGAAACUGUACUUCCUUUUUCAACUUUUACUCUGCUUAAUUUCGUUUUUCACGAUGUGUAUAUUUUACAUACGAAUAUGGAGGACAUUACGAUGGCACAAAACGUUUGUUUACGAGCACACAUUCAAAUCAUUGAGAUGUAACGAUGCACAACGAAAUGGAGCCAGCAGACCGCCAUCAAACUCAAAAAUUUUUGUUAUGACAAAUUUAAGAAGGGAGGACGAUAAAAGCAUUAAAGGAGAAGCAGCAAAAGUAGAGGCAAGAAAUACGCAAGAAUGUUUAGAGAGGGAUGUAACAAACACUGCUGAUUUUACUGCUGUAAAGAAUAUUAAUCUUGACAAUUCUCAGGAAGGUAUUCACAAAUCGCAAAGAAACUUGCUGUCAGCACAAGCAAAUGAAAGAUACAUACAAGCUCAAAAUAGGUUUACUAAAGAAAUAACAAAAAUGUUGUUUAUUGUGACAGUUGUGUUUAUUUUAGCUUUUCUACCUCAUCUUGUACUCAUGUUAAUGAACGCUUUAAGACCUCAGAUUUUGAGGGAACUGUCACCUGCAGGCGUUGUUGCUUACACGUUUUUCCUGAGGACGUUUGUGAUCAAUAAUAUGGCAAAUCCUAUCGUGUACUUUGUAUGUCUAGGAACAUUUCGCUCUAUGUGCUUUCAUAAGUUCAGGAAAAUAUGCCGAUGUUUAAACAGCAGGGAGAAUGGAACUAAGUAAUUACAGCCGGAGGUGCACUGAAGAUAAUCUGCAAGUAUGUGCAAUGUGGAACAAUACUGUGCAAUAUGAAACAUUUCCUUUCUGUCAAAUACUCAGUCACUUGUUUGUAGUGUUUGUCUUUGUUCAAAACAAGUAAAAAUUCAGUUUUUUUUUCAAUUGUUAUUUAGUAAA